AUGCCAUUUGAUUCGAAAAAAAUAAAACUAUUUAGUAAAGAUUGGGAUUUUAUAAUAACAACGUCAAGUCCAUAUUACCCAAAACGCAAUGGAUUUGCAGAAAAAUGUGUAAGAAUAGCCAAACAAAUUUUUAAAAAAAGUGAUGAAUCAAAAAUUGAAUUACAAUUAAUGCUGAUGGAAUACAGAAAUACACCAAUUUCAGGAACAAAUAUAGCACCUGCUCAAUUACUAUUAAGUAGAAUAUGUAAGACAAAACUUCCAAUAAAAGAUGCAUUACUAAAACCCAAAAUAAUAGAAAAUUUUAAUAAAAUAUUGAAAGAGAAGAAUGAAACAAAAAAAUACUAUUAUGAUAAAAAUUCAAAAGACAGAGAAUUAGAUAUAAAUAAUAACGAAGACAUAAUUUUUAAGGAACAUAACAUCUGGAAACCUGCUAAAUUUAUUCAACGUCACAAGGCACCAAGGUCAAAUAUUUUAAGAGACCAAAAUAAUAGAAUUAAGAGAAGAAAUGAAGUAGAUAUGAAAAUCUCAAGAUCUGCACAUGAUAUGAAUACAGCUAAUUACAGUAAACAUAAUUUGAAAAAUAAAUAUUGGUCAAAUAAAAAAAUUAAUUUAAAUGAAGAAAAAAAGAAAAUGAUGAUAAGAUAG